UCAUUAUUUCAGUGAUCUAUACCACCUUGCAAUUCUUGUUUGUUUUUGCAGCGCUUAUCUUUUCAGGAUUGUAAUAUUGCAUCUGGGGUUACAGCAUAGGCACUGCCUGUGCUAUAGGAUCAGAUGGACUUGCUACAAUAACCAGAAACUGUUCCUUUGCUUGUAUGAAAUUUCAGUUUCAUGGCAGAGGCCAUGAUGGACCUUUUUUUUUUUUCUUUCCCGAAUUGAUUACAGUCCAUUUUCAAAUUAGUGGUUUAACUGCAACAAAAGGUUUGGUAUUAUAAUUAUUGCCCUGAAGACUCAUCCAAGCAUAUAAAUAAAUUCUACCUUCUGUGAUUGUUACUGAUGCCUUUCCUUAUCUCGUAGCUUCCCACCUAGUGAAAGAUGUCAGCAAUAGGAGUAGUGUCUUCCUGUUCCUGUUUCCAUCCUGGUGUAUGGCUGCUGAAAUCAGGGAUGCAGAAGAUGAGCUCCUUUGGCUUACAUACAGCAGCCAGGUGUGCUGCCAAGGAUUACUAUGAAGUACUGGUGUUGGGUGGGGGCGCUGGUGGAAUUGCCAUGAGUGCUCGGAUGAAGAGGAAAGUGGGAGCAGGAAAUGUGGCUGUUGUUGAGCCAAGUAAGACUCAUUACUAUCAGCCGCUGUGGACCCUGGUUGGUGGCGGUGCAAAGCAGCUGGCGGCUUCUGCACGUCCAACGGGAACUGUAAUGCCCAAAGGUGUGGAGUGGAUCAAAUCUCGAGUUACAGCAUUGGAUCCAGAUAAGAACUGUGUCUGGCUGGAGAAUGAUAUCAAGGUAUCUUACAAGUAUCUGAUAAUUGCCCUUGGAAUUAGUCUGCAUUAUGAAAAGAUCAAAGGCUUGCCUGAGGGUUUUGAUCACCCUAAAAUAGGUUCCAAUUAUUCAAUUCACACGGUAGAGAAAACAUGGAAAGCUAUACAAGACUUUAAGGAAGGAAAUGCAAUCUUCACUUUCCCAAAUACUCCAGUGAAGUGUGCAGGGGCUCCUCAGAAGAUCAUGUAUUUAUCAGAUGCAUACUGGAGGAAAACAGGAAAACGUUCCAAAGCAAAUAUCAUGUUCAACACUUCACUUGGUGCAAUUUUUGCUGUUAAGAAGUAUGCUGAUGCAUUGCUUGAAGUAAUAAAGGAGAGGAAUAUUGCUGUGAACUACAAGCGUAACCUUGUGGAAGUUCGAGCAGACAGGCAAGAGGCCGUGUUUGAAAACUUGGAUAAACCUGGAGAGGUUGAAGUUCAUCAGUAUGGAAUGCUUCAUGUCACACCCCCCAUGGGGCCACCUCCUGUACUCAUCAACAGUCCUGUCUCAGAUGCAGCUGGCUGGGUGGAUGUAGAUAAGGAAACUCUACAACAUAAAAAGUAUCCUAAUGUCUUUGGCAUUGGAGACUGCACCAACCUUCCAACAUCAAAAACUGCUGCAGCUGUCGCUGCCCAGUCUGGAGUCCUUGAUAAAACUAUUUCUCUGGUAAUGAAGAACCAGUUGCCAGCUAAAAAGUAUGAUGGAUAUACUUCCUGCCCGCUUGUAACAGGCUACAACAAGGUGAUUCUAGCAGAGUUUGACUACAAUGCUCAGCCUCUGGAGACCUUUCCCAUUGACCAGAGUAAGGAGAGAGUAACCAUGUACCAUAUGAAAGCUGAUAUGAUGCCUUUGCUCUACUGGAAUGCACUACUUAAGGGAUACUGGGGAGGACCAGCUCCCUUCAGGAAGCUGAUGCAUCUGGGCUUGAAGUAACUGCUCAUUCUCGGUGUCGGUCAAACCCUUUUGAAGAAAAUGGAUUGGUCUCACACUGAUCAGUAUCUUCCCUCUUGGAAUACCUAAGAGAUCAACAUGUACACUGGAUGUAAGAGUGAUUCAAUGCUAGUAAAAUGGCCUGAAAGUCUCCCACUGUUC